AUGGCCACAUAUCCGAACAACAUCCCCAUUCCUAAUCAAGAACAUGCUGAGCGAUCGUCGUCUGCAGACCUCCGACAAGACCACGAAGGUCCAACUUUGGCAAUUCCCAGCCUGGGAGGAGUUCCGCCCGUUCAGUUGGAUUGGAUUAUAUCCACGAUUGCCAAAUUGGAAUCUCGCUUGACUGCCACUGAUAGCCGGCUAGCUGAUCAUAGGAACCUACCGCGUUUGGAUCAUGACCCGCCUUAUGCUUUGCCUAUUCCGGCGAUUCGCGGCACUCCACCGCCCCCACAACCGUCCCAGACGGCAGUUUAUACACAUAUUCCACUACCCCAACCGUUUCAGAACGCCCUCAACCAACCAAAUUUCCACUUUCCAGAGGUUAUUCCUAAUAACCGCCAGCCACAACCGCCUAUGCCUCAACAACCGCCAUCUUCUUCCAUGAUUCCACCUUGGUUUGCAACUGAUCCAGGAGAUCCCUCUCGUUCUAAUAUGGGGAAUUUUCAGCAAUCUCAGUAUUUACCUCAGCAACACAAUAUGUACUUGCCCAUGGAUCGUCAGAUUUAUUCUCCUUCACCCGGUCCUCGACCGACAUGUUGUUGGUACCCAUCGAACGAUCGCCAAUUUCGCGGUCAUCCUCCUCAUGAUCAACAUCGAGGUGUUCGUUCGGAUCCACCUCGUUUUGAUGGGUCAGAUGCGGCUAAUUGGAUUUUUAAAAUCCAAUACUACUUUGAUCACAUGAUGAUGCCCGAUUCCAAUCGCCUACACUAUGUGGUGCAUUUAUUUGACCCACCGGCGCCGGAAUGGAUUAAGCAUUACUGUUCCAACAACGAUUAUGUAACUUGGCAAGAUUUCUUAAAUGAGGUUCGGUAUAGAUUUGAUCCAGACUGUUACGAGAGUUAUAUCGGGUUGAUUGCAAAGUUAUGCCAGAUGGGUUCUGUCUCGGAUUAUCAGUUGGAGUUCGAACGACUGCAAAAUAAACUCUCCGGGGUUCCAGAUCAUAUACUCUUACCGAUUUAUAUAGCCGGUCUCAAGCAGCCACUCCAGCGUGAGGUCAAAUUGCAUCGCCCUAACUCUCUAGCAGCGGCUUUCACCUUAGCCAAGGAAUUAUCGGCUUGUCGAUCUGACCAGCUGACGACUGCAUCUUCAACUAGACACCCCUGGUUAUCUCGUGACACCAGGAAUCCGUAUAACCGCUCCUUCGUCCCUCCUAAUUCAGCGCCAUCCUCAAAUCAGUCGGUUCGUCCAUCAGGUGGACGUUUUCGUGGGAGUGAGCUAGCCAAAUUGCCGGUCGUACGUUUAUCUUCUUCUGAGAAAUCCGAACUAUCACGUCGGGGCUUAUGUUGGUAUUGUGAGGAAAAAUGGGCCUCCGGUCAUGUUUGCAAACAAAUUUUUUUGGCAUACAUGGAAGACGAUCCGGAUGACACAGAGGAGACCGGACCAGACAAUGAUUUGCCUGAGCUCAAUGUUAUUACUGUUGAUUUGUCCCACUUAAAUACGGUGGCGGGCGUGUAUCAUCCAAAUCGAUUCAUAUGCAGGGUACAAUUUACAGUACAGAGGUCACUAUCCUUGUUGACACUGACGGAGAUCGAUCUCCAGGGCAAUAGCUUUCACAUUGAUUUGCAUAUUUUGCCUUUCCAUGGACCGGACAUUAGUUUGGGCAUGAAGUGGUUGGAAUCUUUGGGUCGUGUUACUCAUGAUUAUUUGGCACGAACAAUGGAAUUUUUCGGAGAUGAUACAUUGGUGGUGCUGCAGGGUCUCUCUACACCGCCUCGGCCUAUUUCACAAAAUGCUUUGACUACUCUGAUGACUAUUGGUGAGGAGCUGGACUUAUUUGAAAUUUUUGAGUAUCCAGUAGAGUCAGCUACAAAUUCUUCACAACCACAACAGGAAUUUCCAUCAGAUUUGCCUCCUACAAUUCGUCAGAUUUUGUCGGCAUUCAGCGUUGUUUUUCAGCUUCCGGAGAUUGAGAAACAAGUUUCAGCAAUGCUUGAACAAGGAAUUAUUCAACCAAGUCAAAUUCCGGACCACUUUCCUAUUCCCACGGCAGAUGAAUUAUUUGAUGAAUUGGGUGCAGCAAAGUUUUUUACAAAAUUAGACUUGCGAUCAGGAAACCAUCAGAUUCGAAUGCACAGUGAAGAUAUUUUCAAGACUGCUUUUCGAACUCAUGAUGGUCAUUUCGAGUUUCUUGUUAUGCCUUUCGGCUUGACGAAUGCUCCCUCGACUUUUCAGGCGGCUAUGAAUUCAAUUUUUAGACCAUUGCUCCGUAAAUCAGUUAUUGUAUUUUUUGAUGAUAUUCUGGUUUACAGUCCUACUUUGGAAACUAAUUGUACCCACUUGGAGCAAGUUCUAUCAACUCUGGCGGCUAAUAUUUUCUUUGUGAAGCUAUCUAAGUGUAUUUUCUGCAGUUCCACAGUGGAUUACUUAGGUCACCUGAUCACAGAUGGGCGUCUUAAAGCUGAUCCUGCAAAGAUUGAAGCAAUGGUGGCAUGGCAGACACCUACCACAGUUAAACAAUUGUGUGGAUUCUUGGGUUUGACGGGCUACUACCGUCGUUUCGUGGCUCAUUAUGCCAUAAUUGCAGCCCCUCUCACUGACUUGCUCAAAAAGGAUUCGUUCGUUUGGUCUCUCAGGCAAAUGACAGUUUUGAAGCUCUUAAGUCUGCGAUGA